AUGGCCGAGCAACACAUUACACCGUCGUCGCACUCUGCACUCACGAGAGAGUCCAGUGGGUCUUCUCCUAGCAGGGUGGUGGGCGGUCGGUGGUUGCGUCAGGUGCGUCAAGCGAGUCGCAGUCGCCGAAAUAGACGUAACGUGACGUCGCCUCUGCCGCGAUCUGUCAACCGACACUUGAACCGCGACACUGAAACCGAGCCACGCAAGCAAGUUGAACUUAGGAGAAGCUCACGUUUAGUGAAUACUUUGCCCAGGUCCGAUUACUCUAUUUCUGAACGCUGGUCUUACGGAGCGGAUUUCUACGAAACCCGCUACGAUACCGACUAUAAGAGUGGAGACUCCUGGAAAUACUCAAGUAGUACUAACUCAAAACGCGGUCGGAACUCGUCGUAUGACCGAAAAAAACAAAAACAUCAUUCAACGUCCACCAGUAGCACUACAGAAGAGUGCGUCGCAUAUUGCACACGUUCACGGACUGCUCUUAAAUCCACUGAGAGUGUUUGUGAGCAGUUACCAAACAAUUUAAAACCACAAACAUUAUCACGUUUAUCCUUCAACCAGAACGCUACAGCCACUUCGAUUCAGGAGUUCCAGUUAAAUCAGACCGAAGGUGGAUUGCUGCCGUUAGACGAGAGGGACUUUGCCUAUUCGCCGUUUAGCUCCUCGACUAUAACCGAAUUGCUCGAUUCCGACUAUUCAGUAUACAGCCCCACUGCUAACCGUAGGAAAGGCAAAAAGAGGAAGCGACCUUCACAUCGCUCACUAUCUAGUAGGAAAAGUAAUUUUUUACUAGAUCUCGAAGAUUGUAAAAAGAAGUUUAAAAUAGAUCCAUAUAAAGAGGUCGACGAAACAAGCGAAGACGCUUUUUCGGACAGCCGCCCAGAAUACGACUCAGAAAGACCGGAGUCAGCGUCUGCAUCCCAUUCUUCGUGUACUUAUUUGCUACGUAAUAGACAUUAUCGUGAACUCGGACCACCAUCCUCAACAGUUAUAAGCGAUAAUUCAGUGAACACUUCUACCAGUGAGGUGGUUGAAAAUCAAACAGUGAUCGAAAGGAAGAGUUCAUCAGAAAUUCGUGGAAGGACCGUUACUCCACCACCUUACAAGGAUUUACAAGAGGCCAGUUCAUCAAAAGCGUCGAGUAGUGAGAGCAAGCUCCUUAUUGUGCCACGUGACCUGCCUUACUUGAGACAAACUAACGCUCGUAGGAGUAUCGCUGCUGCGACGGGUGCGACCCUGGGUGCUUGCUUGACGAGAGGUGCCAGCACUUCGCAACGUCAAAGGCACGAUACUGCUUCUAAAAGACAGGUGGCGGGCAGCGAGGAGGCGGGAAGCAGCGCGGCAGGCGGGCGGCGGGCGCGAGCUCGCGACAUGCCGCAGCCGCAGCCGGCCUCAACGCGACGAGACAAGCGAGGCAAAAGCAGCCUGGGUUCGUGUGCCAGCACUGGUGGCGCGUCCAGCCGGUCCCACCCUCAGCCGCUCACCACGGGUGCCAUUGCAUCUACCUCUUCUUCCCCGCCGGUGUCAGCUUCAGCCGUUACGAUGCCUGACAGUGCAUCCAGCGAUGUGAAGCCGAAAGGCAAAGCGUCGUCGUCGGCCGAGGAUUGCCACAGCGGCGGUGUGGGUGGUGCGAGCGGUGUCGGCGGGGUGGGGGCGAGCGCGGCGGGCAGCGCGGGUGGCGAGGAGUCGUCGUCGGAGGAGGGCGAAGUGGGGCGGCUGCAGGCGCUGCUGGAGGCGCGCGGCCUUCCGCCGCACCUACUGGGCGCGCUCGGCCCGCGCAUGCAGCACCUGCUGCACCGCACCGUCACCGCCAACUCCGCCGCAUCCAAAGCAGCGCAAUUGCUAGCUGGCUUACAAGCUACUGGAGAUGAAGGCCAACAGCUGCAAGCAGUAAUAGAAAUGUGCCAGUUGCUGGUGAUGGGUAAUGAGGACACUCUGGCCGGUUUCCCUGUGCGACAAGUCGUACCUGCGCUCGUAAACCUUCUCGCCGCGGAACACAACUUUGAUAUGAUGAACCAUGCUUGCCGUGCCCUGACAUACAUGCUCGAAGCACUGCCGCGCAGCAGCGGAGCCGUGGCGCUGGCGGUACCUGCGUUCCUUGAUAAACUCCAGGCUAUUACUUGUAUGGAUGUUGCUGAACAGAGUCUUACUGCACUGGAUAUGCUGUCACGACGCCACUCGAAAGCUAUAUUACAAGCACGCGGUGUAUCUGCGUGCCUCACCUACCUGGACUUCUUCUCUAUUAAUGCACAACGAGCUGCGUUGUCUAUCACAGCAAACUGCUGCCAGAAUCUUACACCAGAUGAAUUUCAUCUUGUUAGAGACUCCUUGCAACUGCUUGCUAACAGAUUAACUCAACAGGAUAAGAAAUCGGUGGAAUGUGUGUGUCUGGCAUUCUCUCGUUUAGUAGACAGCUUCCAACAUGACCCUGCUCGACUUCAAGAAAUUGCUACGCCAGAAUUACUUACCAACUUGCAGCAACUUCUGGUGGUGCAGCCGGCUCUGAUCUCGGGCGGCACGUUCAUCACGGUGCUGCGGCUGCUUUGGGUGAUGUGCGCCGCGUGCCCGCAGCUGGCGCUCGCGCUGCACCAGCGCUCCAUCGCCGACACGCUGCUCUGCCUGCUCACCGGCUCCACGCUGCACCAGGAGCAAGUGGAGCUGAUCCCGCGGCUGCCGCAAGAGUUGUAUGAGAUCACGUGUCUGAUCGGCGAGCUGAUGCCGCGGCUGCCGACGGACGGCAUUUUCGCGGUGGACGCGCACCUUGAUCGGCCCUGGGCCGCCGCCUCCGACCGCUCCGCACACUGGCAGUGGCGCGAUGAUAGAGGCGUAUGGCGGUCGUACUCGUGGGCAGAGAGCCGAGCGCUGGAGGCGGGUGCGGCGGGCGGCGAGGAGGAGGUGUGCCUGGCGACGCUGGGCCGCUCGUACACCGUGGACCUGACGGCCAUGCAGCAGCUCAACGACCACACGGGCACCGCGCGCCCCGUGCAGCGCGUGGCUCCCGCGCCCGCCGCCGACGCGCACGCGCAGCCCGGGCCCGCAGCCGCCGCCGCUGCCGUCACGCAAGACCCGCGCAUAGCGCUGGUGCGCUGCAGCCCGUCGCUGGUGCGCGCGCUGCUGGCCGUGCUGCACGAGGUGUACUGGAGCUCGGCGGGCCCGGCCGUGCGCUCGCAGGCGCUCAAGGCCAUCCUGCGCUGCGUGUACUACGCGGACGCGCCACUGCUGCGCCAGGUGCUCAAGAUGCAGGUGAUAUCGUCGCACAUUGCGGGAAUGAUGGCGUCGAGCGACCUGCGCAUCGUUGUAGGGUCGCUGCAGCUGGGCGAGAUCCUGAUGCAGCGGCUGCCUGAGGAGAUGGCGGUGCAGUUCCGACGCGAGGGCGUGCUGCACCAGGUUGCGCAGCUGGCGGAGCGCCCGCCCCCCGCCAACGCCGCGCACUCUGCGCACUCCGCACACACUGCGCCGACGCACACCUCACGGCAGGGCAAGCUCAAGUCACCGAGCGGGACAAGCGUUCGCUCCAGUGGAGGAUCUUCACCACCCGCAUCUACUUCUGCAACUUCAAUUGAUCAAAGUUUGUCCCUCGCUUUCUCUGCUUCUGGCUCAUUUGUUGCAAGUUCAUUACCUACGGCUACUGAAAGCUCUGAGCCUGGGCCAGCCACUUCUGCUUCGACAUAUCCACAUGCCCCCAGCACAGUGCACAGAUCGGGCAGUCCGCUGCAACUGGCGGAGAUGUUAAAGCGCAAGCGCGCCGUGAAGCGCUCGGGCGGUGCGCCGGCGCGAGUGCCGCGGCGCCGCGACGACGUGGCGCCUGCGCACGCGCACGCACACACGCACGCGCAACCCGCGCACCCCGCACACCCCGCGCCGCCAGCGCACUUGCACCACGCGCACCAGCCGCAUGCGUCUGGAAUCCCGUCAGCGGCCCGCUCAACGUCUCGUGUCGGUGGCACGUCAAAAACUUCAUCAUUCCUCUCAUCGCUCAAUCCGUCGCGCUGGGGACGAACGCCUCAUGCGCAUAAGGAAACCGGACUCUUAGCUUCUCCGCACACUUCCACAAACCUUACGGUUCAAAACAAGGAGAAGGGGCGCGAGUGGAUCCAAUGGAAGGCGGGGCGGCUGCAGCGCGAGUGGGGCGCGCGCGGCGGUGGCGCGGGCGCGCUUGAAGCGCUGGCGGCGCUGGCGGCCGCGCUGCCGCACGCGCCGCACCGCCGCGCCGCGCUCUCGCAGCUUCGCGACACGCUGCUGCACCACGACGUCUCGCCCUUCGAGGUGAAUCAUUCUGGUGUAUUGGGUGCGUUACUCCAGUUCCUCACGGGAGGGGAAAUGGAAUCAGAAUGUACAGAGGGUGAUAGGGAAGGCGAGAGCGAAAGCCGUGAUUUGGCUCAAGAAAUCGCAGAGUGCGAAGACCGCUUGCGUCUCUUCCUUCAUGUCUUUGCUGAAAUGCCGCUUGUACCUGACGACAACGAGUGGAGUGAGAAGGUGUCGAGCGUGGGCGCGUGGCUGGGUGCGGGCGCGCUGGGCGCGCUGGUGAGCAAGGUGAACGCGUGCGUGUCGCACCUGGAGCAGUUCCCCGUGCGCGUGCACGACCUGCCCGCGCGCCCCGCCACCUCCGCCCUCAAGUUCUUCAACACACACCAGCUCAUGUGUGAUCUCAAGCGUCAUCCCACUUGCACCAACCUUAAACAGUGGAAAGGUGGUGUAGUGCGGAUAGACCCAUUAGCUUUAGUACAAGCUAUUGAACGGUACCUGGCGCAGCGCGGGUACGCGAGCACGCGCGCACGCGACGGCUCGGCCGCUGCCGCGCACUCGGACGACGAUGCGGCCUCCGACGACGACGUCGAGGACUCGCUCGCCACGCCGCCCCACCAACACCCCACCGAUUCUGAACAUAAAUUGGAGUUCCUCAUCGGCGACACCGUGUUGCCGUACAACAUGACAGUGUAUCAAGCCGUGAGACAAUUCGGCGAGCAGACGGACGCUGAUACCGAUACAGAAACUCCCCUAGCGAACGCGGGCAUCUGGGUGCAGACGCACACGAUCUACUACCGCGCGGUGGAGGCGGGCGCGCCGGCGCGCGCCGACGCGGCCGCCUCGCGCAAGGGCAAGGGCCACACCACCAAGCUCUCCUCGCGCCGCAAGCCCGACCUGCUCUGGAACGAGGGCAUAGUUCCAGUGCGCGAGUCACCCCUAGUUGUAAUACUACGGUCGCCGCUGAUAACGGGCGGUGAGGUAAAGGACGCGUCGCUCCCAGCGCUGGGACUACUGCGAGCGCUGCACGCUUUGUCCCGUCACUGGCACACGCUGUACCACCGCGCCGCUUGUCUGCCUGAUCAUCGUCCGCUCGUGCCAAACUCUGAAUUCAUCAAUGCCAAGCUUGCUGCAAAGGCAAAUCGACAGCUACAAGAUCCGUUAGUAAUAAUGACUGGAAACCUACCGCCAUGGUUGAAGAAAAUUGCUUAUGCAUGUCCGUUCGUGCUGCCGUUCGAGUGCCGGCACCUGCUGUUCCACGUGGUGUCGUUCGACCGCGAGCGUGCGCUGCAGCGGCUGCUGGAGGCGGGCGGCGAGCGCGGCGCGGCGGCGCACGACGAGCGCGUGGCACCGCGGCUGGACCGGCGCAAGCGCACCGUGCGCCGCCGCUCCGUGCUGCGCCAGGCCGAGCACCUCAUGCACGAGGCGGCGCACACGCGCGCGCUGCUCGAGAUACAGUACGAGAACGAGGUCGGCACCGGCCUCGGGCCCACGCUCGAGUUCUACGCGCUCGUGUCGCAGGAACUGCAACGCGCCGAUCUAGACUUAUGGCACGGAAGCGAGAACUUCAAGCAGAAACCUACUUCGUUUGGAGGCGAAAUUGUCAAGAGCCAACCGCCGGUCGUAACAGACAGAUCGUCGGACGCAGCCACUCGACUCGCGUCCUCAGUACGCGAUGCACUAAGUCUCGAUGAGGAUCGCUCUCCUCAGCCUUCGGAUCUCGAAAAGGAAACUUCAAUUCCUUCCCCGGCUCCAGAUGCAACAUAUGUUACAUGGCCGUGCGGCUUGUUCCCGCAGGCGGUCGGACGCAACGCAAGAGCCUCACAUUUGUCUCGAGUCAAAGCUAAAUUCCGGUUUUUGGGCAAGUUCAUGGCUAAAGCAGUUAUGGAUUCUAGGAUGGUGGACAUCCCGCUGUCGGUGUCGAUGUACCGGUGGCUGGUGAGUGAGCAGCGCUGGCUGGGGCUGAGCGACGUGCGGCACGUGGCGCCGGAGCUGUGGCGCUCGCUGUGCCGCCUGCGCCGCGUGGCCGAGCGCGCGCGCCUCCUCGCCGCCGACGCGCGCCACACGCCCGACCAGCGCGCGCACCUGAUAAACGCUCUAGAGCUGGACGGGUGCCCCAUCGAAGAGUUGGGUCUGGACUUUAUCCUGCCGGGAGACGGCUGCACGGAGCUGCGACGCGGCGGCCGCGACCUGCCCGUCACCGCGCACAACCUACACAACUACAUCUCACUCGUCACACACUGGCUGCUCUAUGAAGGAGUGGUGAAACAAAUGGAGGCUUUCAAAGAAGGAUUUGAAUCAGUAUUCCCGUUAGCUAAUCUCAAGAUAUUCUAUCCUGAAGAGUUGGAGCAAGUAUUCUGUGGCAGUCCGUCAGGAGGGCGUGAUCAACGCUGGGAUCCGCGCAUGCUGGCAGAGUGCAUUCGGCCCGACCACGGCUACACGGCGGAGUCGCGCGCCAUACGCAUGCUCAUCGAUAUCCUGGCCUCGUACAACCGUGAAGAGCAACGGCUCUUCCUACAGUUUGUCACCGGCAGUCCGCGACUGCCCACUGGAGGAUUCAAAGCACUGAACCCACCAUUAACCGUAGUGCGCAAGUCACUGGAGUCUUCACUCGACCCGGAUGAAUAUCUGCCGUCGGUGAUGACUUGUGUCAAUUAUCUAAAGCUGCCGGACUAUAGUAGUGCUGAAGUGAUGCGCGCCAAGUUGCGCCUCGCUGCCUCAGAAGGACAGCAUUCCUUCCACUUGUCGUGA